AAGGAGUGAAAACUGCAAAUUAGAGAAACUGAACCUGUCUGAAUGUGGUCUCACAUCAACAUGCGGUUCAUUCCUCUCUUCAGUUAUUUCUUCUCCACACUCAAGGCUGACUGAAUUGGACUUGAGUGAUAACCAGAACAUUGGAGAUUCAGACAUGGCUCAGCUGUGUGAGGGGCUGAGGAGUGAAAACUGCAAAUUAGAGAAACUGAGCCUGGCCUCAUGUGAUCUCACCUCCAAAUGUUGCCCAGGUCUCUCUUCAGUCCUUUCUUCUCCACACUGCCGGCUGACUGAACUGAAGCUGAUCUACAAUAACCUGGAUGAUGCAGGAGCUCAGCUACUGUAUGAAGUGCUCAGGAGUGAACAUAGUAAAGUAGAGUCACUUUGGCUGUAUGCUAACCAGAUUGGUCACAGUGAGAAGGAGAAGCUAAGGUCACUAAGUAAGGAGCUGAACAGGCAUGAUUGGAGGGUGGAUACAGUAAUCGAAUACCCUUGACAGGACCCUGUCCACUCCCUCUGUGUUCUUCUUUUAAUUAUACAAUCUUAUCAAUUUUAUCUUAUUACUUAGGACCUUUCAAGUUGCUCUUCACCUAUAAAAAGCUCUCCAUGUCUUCUUCUCAGCCUGUGUGCUUCUGUUUGUUAACUCACACGUGUUUGUCCAUCUAUGUGACCCUGAACUGGUGUCAAAAUGGAGGAGAUCAUUUGGGAUUAUCCUCUAAAACCCAACCAGGAGUCACAAUACCCAUUGAGGGUAGCGGCAGAAGCAAAGAUGGGUGGACAGUUCAAUUGUCUAGUAAAGGAGGUGAGGCCUAUCCAGGCACGGGGGGAAAAAACCUGAUGGUCAUCUGAGUAGAAACAGUGCAAAAGCUGCUGCUCCUCUACAUCAUUUGAUGUUGUCGGAACUUGUGUCUAUUGUUUCCAUUUGCUGACAUUUCAUGUUAUCUUCUGUUUGUAACUGGACAAAUACCGUCAUGUGCUGAUUUGUACUUUUCCUAUUUUUGACACAUUUGAGGCUCAGUCUUCUUUUUGGUGUUUUUCAUUUCUUCAUUUUCACUUCACUGUCACAUUUGGCAAAUGUAAAAAGUAGAGUCAUGGUUGAAAAGCCUGGUGUAUCCUAGUUUGCUAAAAAAGGCAGGAGGGAGCCAAAGGAUUUUGGCCAGGGAAUCCCUAGAGGGCAGUCCCAUUAAUGUAACCAUCAAGGAUUGUAAAUCACGUCCAAAUGACACAGAAUGGUCUGAUAUCUGAGGAGGCAAAGUCAAGAGAGAGAAUGGUAUGACAGGGGAAGAAGAUUAUGUAUAAGUCAGACAGUCAUGUUCCUGUAGAAGAAAUAAAUCUGAGAAGAAAAUUUCAUUCUAGCAUUCCUUUUUCCUCUUUAUUUAUUACACCCUGUAAAGACAAAAUGUGGCCAAAGCAUAAAGGCAAGCUGGCAGCACAGAGGUUAAGACUUAAUUUAAGGUUUUCAGGCUUUGCAGCGACUUUAGUAAAGUAGCACCAGUGUCCUUCAGAAAGAUAAGAAGAAGACAAGGAAGGAACCACAGAUACUGGACCAAUGAACUCCAUGAGUCUUAGAGAAAAGAGCAAAAAUAUUUUUAUUCUACAUUAUGUAUUUCAGUUUUCUCAUAUUUAGUCUUAAACCUUUUUACAUUGACAUGCGUGAUAGGUUGAAAUAUUUCACUCAAUUCAAAAAGGAUUUUAUACAUUCUAUGUAGUGAGAAGUC